CUACUGAUACUACUACUACUACUACUACUACUACUAAUGAUACUACUAAUUCAACGUCAUUGUCAACAUCAUCACUGGGAGCAACGCCUAUCACUACAACAAGUACAACCACUGUUGACAAUCUUCUCAAUAGUAAUAAUAAUAACAAUACUACUGCAUCCAGCGCCAUCGUUGUAGAUAACACGAUAACUACUGAUGCGGUAAAAGCAACUACCGAUCCAAUUGAAAUGGAUACUAGCAAUGAUCUUUCACUAACAGUAUCAUACGAUACAGAACAACUAGCUAAAGAUCCUCCUACUAUAAUUCAAAGUGAUAGUAAUGAACAGCUGUGUAAUAAUUCUUUACAGCAACAAUUGAAUGUAACAUUUGUAAAUAAAUACAAUAACGUGUCGGAUGAUGAUCAUGACGAUGUUGAUAAUAAUAAUAAUAAUAAUAGUGAUAGCAUCCCUUCUAAAUUGGCUCGUUUAGAUCCUCAAUUAUUGUAUAUGUUAGCAGCACAACGUAUCUAUGAUCUUUUGGGUGUAAACAAUGAAAAUGUAACUGGAAAUUUAGAUUUAAUUUUGAAUUCAAUUUUUGCCAAUGAAAAUAAUAUUGGAGAGAAUGCUAGCAGUUAUUAUAAAAGAGAAAAAAAGACAUCAAAAGUUCCGAGUACACCUGAAAGUUGUACUCGUGCACGAGCUGUACUAACACCUUGUGAUGGAACGAAUGGUAAUGAAACUCGAAUGCAUUAUAGACAGUUGACUGUUGGUACAUCACCUGAUUGUCAUUUAUGUUUAACAAAUUAUAAUUUAUCUUCAAUAAAUAAUCAACAUUGUUCAUUUAUAUCAUCACAUCAUGCUACUAUAUUCUAUGAUGAUUGGACACAACAUUAUGAAUUAAUUAAUUAUAGUGAAUAUGGUACACGUGUUGAUGGUAUCACGUAUGGUAAUGAUAUUGAGAAAAAAUCAAUAUAUAUUCCAAAA